UGCAGGUGUCAGUAAUGAGACGCGUCACUAGAAGAUCCGAACAGCACAGAAGAAACGAGUCGCUCUGAUGGAGACUGUUGAUCACAUAAUAAAAUGCUGAUAUUCAUCGAUUUGUUGCUGGAGGUUUGGGAUUUCUGAAGCGGUUUCUCAUCUGCAGACGUCUGUUAAGCUGAAAAAGCGUGAGGCGCGUCGGAGCCCGUGAAAAUGUCUGUUGUUUUUGUUCCCAAACGGCAGCGCGGAAAAGCGCAAAUCAACCAGGAGACAAUUCAAAGACUGCUGAAUGAGAACGAUCAGCUGGUGAGAUGCAUCACUGAGUAUCUGCAGAAGGGCCGAGCCACCGAGUGCGUCCAAUACCAGCAGAUUUUACACCGGAACAUUGUGUAUUUGGGAACCAUAGCUGAUGCCGGCACAGAGAUCCUUCCGGAGGAGACGCAGACUCCAACUGCUGCAAAUGACUCAGUCAGUUAGAUUUUCUGUUUACAGGAAUAUUGUAAACAUUAUAAUAAAUGUAAGUUAUUAAUUGUAUUGCUCAACAGCGCAGUUGUUUGUGUACAUUCAAAUAUGAGUGAAUAUAAGUCAUUUAUGUGCCAAAUUUAGGCACCAAACCUAAUUGCAAAAAUGUUUGCCCCACUCUGAACCAUGAGUAUUUUAUUUUGUGUAUUAUUAUGUGUAUGAAAAUAAAAUCACAUUGGCCGAAAGAUGCUCCUGAUGUCCCUGCUGGGGAACAUUGUUUUUAUGUACAUACUUUCAUAAUGUUAAUAUUUGAAUACUUUGUAUAAUAAAUAUUUGAAACAGUCAACACUUUGGACUUUUAUAUAAACAAGUACAGCAGAACUUUUCCACUAUUUGCAUGUUAAUUUACUAAAAAUGUAGUCUAAUUUUGCUUUGUUACUAAUAAAAGCUCAAUUUACCA